CAUCAUGGGAGCGUCUUUAAAUGGCUGCCUGUGAGCGCAAAGGCUGCUGGGAUUCCCAAAGCUUGGCAGGGAGAGCUAAGCGCUAGUCGGGUCAAGGCAAACUUCCUUUAUCCUGAAGUGGCCUUAAGGAUCACAGGAGAGCGACCUGUGAUCUCAUGAGCCUUUAGGACAAAAAGGGGCAGUUGCAGAUUUAUCACUAACACAUUAGCAACCUCAAAAUCAAAAACACACAUAACACUUUUAAGGAUGGUAGAGCUGAAUCCUACACAACAAUCAGGUUAAGGUUACCAGGUUUUUUUCAAUGAAUCUGGGGACACUUUUCAACUUCCUACUAAAUAGAUGGAAUUUGUCAGGGGACUGAUUUGUAAAUGCAGGGACUGUCCCCCGGAAACAGGGACAUCUGGUAACCUUACAUCAGGUAUUACUUUGAACAGACACAACUUCCAAGAGUUAUCCAAUGUAAAGACCACCACUAUCUGAUCGAAACACUUAGCUUAAUUAAGGUGUUGGAAACCUAAAGAGCAUCUGCAGAGACCCCUCUGAUAAAGACCUUACCUGAUAAGAAACAGAAAGGAGCUUUGUAUGUGGGACUCAGCCUUACGUCUCAAAAUGAGCAGCUGGAAAAGCGCCUGAAGACAACAGGUGCAAUAUCUAAUGCAGUGGCUUUUCAAAGGAAUUUAUGCAUGCAUGCACCACCCCUUUUCCCCGGCAGAGACUUGAGGCGGCUUACAGACAAAAUAGGAACAAAUAGAAUUAAGCAGUAUGCAAAGGGCCCACUUAAUAAAAAGAUCACGUGAGACCAGCUUCCUUGCUCAUAUCAAUUGCCCCCUAAAGUGCACAGCUUCAGAGGAUCAUCAGCUAUGCUCAGUCAUAUACAGGGGAAGGGGAAGGCUCUUCAGGCCUGGUCAGUGUUCUGCCUGAACCAAGUAUAAACCCUAGGAUGUUCUCUCAAAUCCUUUCUAACACACAACAAUCCACUUCCAUCAAUAUACUAGCUCCGCUUUGCAUCGGGCUGAAGGCACCAGAACAAUCCUUUAAAAAUAGGCAGCUUUUUCACAGAUGGAUCAGACAACUGGCCAGCAAUCGCCAACAAUUAUUCCAUCCAGCCCAUCCACGUGCUGCUCCUUCUUGGCUGGGAGCAGGGGUUGGAGCCACACCAUGCCCUCCAGCAGGCAGCGGCACACAGCACGCAGAAUGCCAUGGAUAAGGCAAAGCCAGGGCUUGGUGAACUUCAGUAAAAUACAGCAGUCCCGGUGCCGGUCAACAUCCUUCGCUUUCAAACGCCAUCUGGAGCAUAGAGAUCAGGAACCCAGUUCCAAACACUUCCUCUCAGAGGACAAGAUGGCUGCCCGCUUCAACUCUCUUAGCCUGGACAAUGACCAUGUCUACAGCUCCAAUGGUUUCCCUCUCUACGAUGAAGAUCCCAAGUGGCAGGAGGCAUACGCACGCCUGAAAGAACUGCAGCAGAGGCUGUCCCAAGAUGGAGCAAGUGAAGAAGCUAGUUCAGACGAGGAUGAGCACAACAGUGUGCUUGUGGAUGGGGAAUUCAUUAUGGCAGAUUGCCCCAUACUGGCACAUCCUUCCUUCCUACAAGAGCCCGUUGGAGGAGUCAGCCUUGUGCCUGAAGAGGUAUUUCUUUCUCUGAAUCCUUGUACAGAAGUGGUCCUUUGGAGCCCUCCUAGUAACUCAGGCUUUCACAGUAUCCGGACAUUGAUGGCUAUCCCAUCUGCCCUCAGCUCUCCUGCACAGCCUCAGCAAGAAGCAGCGACAAUACAAGAGGAAAUGGAAAUAUGAGCUUUCACCCAUCUUGGUCUAAAGCCAAAACUCUCUUUUUCCGGUUGGCCUGUCAGACUUUCAACAAAUGACAUCAUUAUCCAGCAUCAACACAUUUGAUUGCAAUUUUUGUUACAGCAACAUAGGAACACCCAUCAUUUUUCAACCAACUGCAAUGAUCUGAUCCUCUCCCCUCUACUAGAUGUAAAAAUGUGUGAGUGGUCAUUUCUGGUGUGUGUGCAUAUUGCUAUUUUCUUUUUCAAUAGGAAAGAUGCCAGUACUUAGGAAAAAGUGCAACUGUGGUGUCUCAAGGUGCUAUGACUUAGAAUGUUAAUAUUGCUUUUUAGAAGCAAUUUCAAAAUGAGCUUUCUGAACUUCUCCUUUUUAUUUUAUCAGAGAGCUGAUAGCCCACCCUACAAAAAAAAAGUGUUUGUGUGAAGAUCAACUAACAUUUUCUCUUUCCUUGCGGGAGCAGCAUCUUGACCUUUUACUUCCAGAGAGCUGAAAACAAGAUGUUAUUCCAGAGGGUACCAACAGAUGGAAAUAUGACAAAAAAAAUCCCUCUUGCCACCAAAGGAUGGGUAGCCAUGCUUUGGAGAAAUAAAAGAAUAAGAGGUGGUUUCA